AUGGAUGCCCCCGAAGAGUCCGUCAACACCGUCCAGAUCUCCGACUUCUGGGACCCGCUCUAUGACUCGUUUGACGUCGAUCUUAUCAUGAAGGUCCUUGCCCACACCCUCUUCAGCCCCUUUUUCACCUUCUUCGUCCCCAUCUUCUACAUCUUCCACGGUGCUGGCUUGACCGACGCCGUCGUCGUCGUUCCCGCUCUCUUCAACCUCUCACUCUGCGCCUUCUGGUUCCUCAAGUGGUACUCUCGCCUGUACCGCAAUCAGGGUAGCCUUCUCUUUGGCCCUCCCCGCCUCGACUGGGGCGACGAGCUCGUGGUCAUCACCGGAGGUUCAUCCGGCAUCGGAGAGCUGGUCGCCAACACCCUCGCCGUUCGUCAUGUUUGUGUCGUCGUCCUGGAUGUGAACCCAAUCAUCACCGAAAACAACAACAUCACGUACUACAAGUGUGAUGUAUCAAAGUGGGAGGACGUAGAGAGGGUAUCCAAGCAGGUCGUUGAGGAGCUCGGCCACCCAACUAUGCUCAUCAACAACGCCGGCGUCGUCCAGGGCAAGCCUAUCCUCGACCUCUCUCCGGAGGAUGUCCAACAAACCUUCUCUGUCAACACGCUCGCUCACUUCUGGACGCUGAAAGCUUUCCUGCCGGAAAUGAUCAAGAACGGCAAGGGCCACAUUGUCAACGUUUCGUCUGUUGCUGGCAUGGUCGGCAUGGCGCGCCUCACCGACUACGGAGCGUCCAAGGCUGCACUCGUUUCCCUUCACGAGUCCCUGCGUUACGAGCUUGACCAUGUCUACAACGCCAGGGGCGUUCGCACGACCCUCCUCAUCACUGGUCACAUCAUGACGCCACUUUUCUCGUCUGUCCGCCAUCCGAAGUCGUUAUUCUACAAGUUUUUCUUCCCUUCCAUGGCCCCUGUGGACGUCGCCAAGAAUAUCAUCGCGGCAUUGGACGAGCAGCACUCGCGGGUGCUUUACAUGCCGUUCUACGCGCACUUUGUGCCGCUGCUGCAUAUAAUGCCGAGCUACAUUCGUGAUCUCGCGCAAUGGCUCACACAGUGCGACUACUCGAUGAAGGAUUUCGUGAAGGUAUCUGGUAGGCGGCCCGAAGAGGGUCCCGCUCCUGUCGUGCCGACGCUGCGGGGUAAGAGUGACUGA